AUGGUUGUGUUCCCUCUUAGAUAUUGUUUUUCUUUCCAUAAUUUUCUAGAGAAUGAAGAUCUAGAAAACACCAAGGUCAUCUCUCCAGUGGCUUCUGCCUCUGAUCCAGAGCCCCAUUCCUCACCCUACAGGCCGCAGAUGGUACCUCCAGUGAGCGAGGAUGCCGCGGAAGAUCUUCGGAAAGCAGCCAGUGCCUUGGAGGCUCAGACCUUGGUGGAACAGAAAUUGCGACCUACAGACCAGGGCCAGGUCCUCAACAAGAUGGCCAAAUAUCAAGCUCCACAGAGGUCUGGGGACAUUGUUAUGAUCCAGUCUGAGCACACGGGAGCUAUAGAUAUUCUUUCGGCUGACUUGGAAUCUGCAGAUCUUCUGGGGGACCACAGGAAAGUCUCCCCACCGCUGAUGGCUCCUCCCUGCAUCUGGACCUUUGCCAAGAUGAAGGAAUUCAAAAGCAAGCUGGGCAAGGAGAAGAACAGCUGCCUGGUGGUGAAGCGGGGUGAGGUGGUGACCAUCCGGGUUCCUACCCAUCCAGAGGGGAAGCGUGUCUGCUGGGAGUUUGCCACCGAUGACUAUGACAUUGGCUUUGGAGUUUAUUUUGACUGGACCCCUGUAACCAGCACUGACAUAACUGUGCAGGUCAGUGAUUCGAGUGAGGAUGAGGAUGAAGACGAGGAAGAGGAGGAGGGGCUUGAAGACCCUGUCCCAGCCGGAGAUGUGGAGAGAGGCUCCAGAAGCUCCCUGCGGGGUCGCUACGGGGAGGUCAUGCCUGUGUACCGGCGGGACAGCCACCGAGACGUGCAGGCUGGCAGCCACGACUACCCCGGGGAGGGCAUCUACCUGCUCAAGUUUGACAACUCCUACUCCCUGCUUCGCAACAAGACUCUCUACUUCCACGUCUACUACACUAGCUGAAGGCCCGGGGGACCGGGCAGGCGGUGUUUGCUGGCUGAGCAGGCUGCCAGCUGGUGCCUCUUGUUUCCGACAGGCAAGAGCUCGAAGUGGAGCAUGAGGCUUCUGACCCUCAUGCCCUGCCUGGCAUGCCUGACCGUUGACCCCACGUAGCUUUGCCCACUCCUCGGCUUCUGCAGGUGGUGGUGUAGUGCCCCUGUUCUGUGGUCCAUGACUCACACUCUUCUUGCUUCAGACUCCAGCAGAAUCCCUCUAUGAAGGCGCCCAUCAGGCAAAAGCCUAAAAGCAAGUUGGGUGUUGCCUUCUAAAAAUAGGUAUUUGGUACAGGAUUGCUGCUCUCUCCUCUCCCAGAGCCUUUAUUGCAGAUGCGUUUGGUGGUACCCACUCUCUUUUUGCAAGUGCUGAGAGAGGGAAAGCACACUGUCCAUGAAGGAGCCCAGUUCCCUGGCUGGAGAAGGCUCUGUCCAGCCGCUCACCACUGCCAUAUUCCUGCCUGCCAAUUCUUCAUGGUCGCUAGCACAGGCUGGGAGCCCUCACGGCCUAUGAGGGGCGUUAUUAGUCCUGAGGGCUCGCCUCUGCCUCUUUGCCUCCUCUUUUUCCUUUCCUACGCCUGUGUGUUCACCAUCACAGCAAGGACUUCUGUGCAAUCCAAAGGGAUGGUCACUGUAACCUUUCUGGGAAGAAAAGCUGCCUCCAUAACUUCCUCUUUCAGGAGGCAGUGACCCAUACUAAGGGCACCCGUGGUUGAAGGGCAAAGGGUGCCAAUUAGGUACUGGAUUGAUGCCAGAGCCCACAUCUUUGAAAGGCAAGUGUUACUAAUGUUUGUUUGUUUGUUUUUUGUAUAAUCAAAGACGGGGUAUUAUCUUAGAAAGAACGUUAAAAAAAA